GGCGGGCACCAUGGCAUGGCGGAGCGCUGUCACGGCCGUGCUGAUGCUGCAACCUCGCACCGCGUUGCUCACAACCCGGGGACCGGCCGCCUCCUACGGUACUUCGAUAACAUCUGCCAAAAUCCAAGUGAAUGGAGUCAAUCUGCAUUAUCAGCAAACAGGAGAAGGAAGCCAUGCUGUUCUUCUGCUUCCCGGAAUGCUAGGGAGCGGUCAAACUGAUUUUGGACCACAGCUUAAGUCCAUGAAUAAGAAACUAUUCACAAUUGUCGCUUGGGAUCCACGAGGAUACGGACAGUCCAUCCCUCCCUCUCGAGACUUCCCACCAGAUUUCUUUGAGAGAGAUGCAAAAGAUGCUGUGGAUCUUAUGCAGGCACUGAAAUUUAAGAAGUUCUCUUUGCUGGGAUGGAGUGAUGGUGGCAUUACAGCACUCAUUGCAGCCGCAAAGUAUCCAGCUCUUAUCCACAAGUUGGUUGUCUGGGGAGCAAACGCUAGCGUUACUCAAGAGGAUGUGAGAAUUUAUAAUGGUAUCCGAGAUGUUUCAAAAUGGAGUGAAAAGGUUAAGAAACCACUGGAAGAGCUGUAUGGACAUAAAUACUUUGCAGAAACCUGUGAGGCUUGGGUAGAUGGAAUAGCCCGCUUUGCUGAAAAACCAGGUGGUAGUAUCUGUCAACAGUUGCUGCCUCAUAUUCAAUGUCCCACAUUAAUAAUUCAUGGUGAGAAAGACCCUUUGGUUCCACGCUUUCAUGCAGAAUACAUUCAUGAGCACAUCAAAGGCUCCCGGUUGCAUCUGAUGCCAGAAGGAAAGCAUAAUCUACACCUGCGUUUUGCGGAAGAGUUCAACAGAGAAGUAGAAGAAUUCUUACGGUGACCUAAGCUGUAAGGUUAGAGGGCAGAACCUCAGCUGCAGUGAAAUAUCAUGAACAUGGACUGGCUCAAGCUUGGUAACACAUGGAAUUAUAUGCUAUUGCUUUUGCAAAACACAAAAUAUCCAGGAUUAUACUAGCACUGAGAUCUUCUUUUUAAUUGGAUUCUAUGUUCAUUAUAUCCUGCUAUUGUAUUUUCCACUGACACAUUUUUUCAGUACUUAAUCACAGGCAAUCUUUGUUACUGCUAGUGCAACUUGUGCAUAUACAUUUCUGCAAGCUGUGGGUGUAGCCUGCAUUUUUUUAGGCAGCACUGGGCUGUUACACCUUCUCACUACUUGCAGAGCUGCAAAACAGCUGUCCCUCUCGGCAUCUCUAUGGGAUAUACGCAAGCAUUUAAGAGCUUUUUGGCUGCCAAGUUAUUCUUGGAAAUCUACAAAGCAACAGCUUUAGGCAUUCUUAUUCCCCAUCUGAAGGUACCUGGACACUCCCUGACAUGCCUUCCUCCCACAUGCACACAGUGGCUUCCUUGGAGCUUUAUUAUUAUACUCUUAAGGAUUUGGAACUUUUAAUUCACAGAAGCUAUCGCACCCAUUUCUUUGUAGAUUCCCACUGGUUUUUAGGGGUGUAACUCCAGAUUUAAAAAAAAAAAAGAAAAAAGAGCACCUACAGUGAGGCUCAUGUUCAUGUGUCUAAUAAGUUCCCUCAUCUACAGCAAUACUAAGCACUCAUGAACACACAGCAAAGAAAAUUAAACAUUAAUUGCUUACACAUCAAUCCAGAAUCCUACAUUUUGGCAAAUAAACACUACAAAAAAACCAUAGCUGUUAGUGGCAUUUAAAUAAAUAGAGUGGUUCACUAUAGCAUUUUUAACAUAGCUUCCCCCCCCCCCCCCCCCAAAUUGGAGGUAUUUAAUACUACGAACAAAAAUCCAAAUACCCCAUUCAUAGAUUUGCAGUGCCUGCGCGUGGGAACACCCAUGUGCCCCUCUGCAGCCAAACCACUGCUUGCAGCUCAGCAGCCAGCUGAACAAAACUCUACCUUCCCCUGUUUCCAAGGCAACCGCAGAGCCUUGGAAAUGAGCUGCACAAGGGAGGCGAUGGAAAUCUUAGCACAUUUUAAUGUAUCUGUAAUUUCCUAUUGUAGGACGGAGAAUUGCAAACAUAUAAAUACGGGAGCUGCUGAAGCAUACACAAUACUAGAUUGAGCAUCUGCCUAUGGCUUUAUUCUCAUUUACAAUGAGUGAUAGCACUUAUUGCUUAGACAUGUCUAUCAGAAGUGAAAUGAUUAUUUUGAGUCUUCCCAUUGGAAACAAUGGAUAUUUCUCUGUCCAUUAGCUUUUUGUCUGAAUUAUACCAGACAGUAACAGUAUUACCACCUGAUGCAGACUCCGAGGUCACCUGUGGUAUCCAAUGCUUCAUCACUAGAGCGAUGCGCGUUAAGAAUGCUUCCCCCAGCAAGAGGGUGGAAUAUUUGUGGAGGUAUUUUUAAUUCUAGUAAUAAAAUGAUAACAAAAAAACCUAUUUUUAUUUCAGAAUUACAACCCGCUGCAGGCACUAAAAAAAGCAGUUACACAGUACACUGCUGAGCAUGGUUUUAUGAAUGAGCUAAAGCAAUUCCACUGUAGAAUUUCUACUGUAGAAUCUGUAGAAUCUUCUGUACUUGUGCUUUUUUCUUGGACUUAAAUUCUUGCAUUUGGCCAAGAACAAAAGAAGGGAGAGGAUGAGCACGUAAGACAACAUCACAGAACAAUAUAGGGCACUGUCAAUUCUGAAAUGAAGUGUGCUUAUUUUCAGGAGAGAGCUGUUUCCUCGUGCACCUAAUGUUUCUUCCAUAGCCUGUGGCUUCUCUUGGGAACUUAGCCUGUAACCUCCGAGUCAGGAAUUUGUUUACAUAGUCCUAAAGGACGCGACAGUCUCUGCUCAUCUGGCUUCCAAAAGUUACCAUAACAAAUACGAUCAUUAUGAUAUCACUAAAUGACUGCAGAAAGGGGAAAAUAUGUUUAUCAUCACCAGGCACAGAUUUACUGAGAAGGAAAGAGGCAAAACAAUACAGCCUCUCAUUAUUUCCGCUUGGCACACCAGAUGUGAUGGGGUAGCUGCCAGAUGGCUCCUGCCCCCAGCCAGGCUGCAUCUACCUUUUAAGAUCACUCAGAAGAUGAAAUCUGUUUGCCAUCUCUAUCAGCUGAGGCCGUCAAGUCAAUAUACAACCGAUUCCAGCAUCGAUAUAAAUGAAAUGCUGCUAUUGUGUUUUCCAGGGCAGCCUAUUUCCCACUUGUCAGUGGGAACGAGGAACAGACAGAGGCUUUGAUCAGCUAGCCACAGUUUCUUUUGUUCCUCAGCCUCCUUGCUCUAUCUUGCAAUCCGAUCAUUACUUGUAAUUCAAACCGACGCUUAGCUAACUCUAAGCUUUAUCCUGGGAAAUUUCUAAGAGAUGCCAUAGUUUGUGGUGGGAUUUGAGGCAUAGUGCUUAAAAUCACCCAGGUUCUCUGCAGGAGAGACCAGGGUGGUGUUGCUCCAGGUGGCUCCAUCCAACUAAGCACUUGCUCUGCUCUCCCCCUGCAGAAACUGUUUUUUGCCUUCUCUGUACUAGUUCUCACUUCAACACAUUCCUUAAUCCAAGAAAAAAAAGCUUCUUCCCAUCUCAUUUAUCAUAUCUGGGUGAUUUAGGAAAAUGACUCGUGGAGGGGUCAGACAUGCUCCAGAGGGAAUUAAAACCUCUAAAGCAAGGCAGUGGGGUAGGACUAUCCUUUUCAGCAGCUGAAGGAUAAUGAAUGAGCCCCACCCACGGAGCUACCCACUUCUGUGAGUGGCAGCUCUCUUAAAGCCCUGGGAGCCUUUAAUCCAAACUCACUCUAUAGGCUUUCCCCUAUCCUCUAGUAUGGAGCUGAAACUUCAACAUACUAGCCAUUCGACUCAUUUAUUAACAAUAAAACCAGGAUUAUACUGGAUGCAUAGUAGCAGAUUAAGUUACGCUUGAAUUUCAUUUAAUGCAUGUAAAGCUUUUUUUUUUGUGAGGCCAUUUGAAUUCUGCAUGAAAACCCUGUUUAAUUAUUCACUGCAGAGGCAGGCAGCGUGUUUGUCAGAUCCAUAGUAAAAAGGCAGGAACAUUUUUCACUGCAAAACAACACAAAGCUGUUUACUGAACAAACUAUACAGCCUCUGCCAGGGUAGCCAUUCCAUCUCCUGCAGUGAGUGCUUUCACAUUCUUAAGCUGAAUUACUAGCAUUGCUGUUUGCAAUGAUAAAUACACUCUUGACAAAAAAAAAAAAAAAGCCUUGAAUUUAUCAAGUGAGAAAAAUCUGAUUAUAAAAGAUGACUUAUCAGUAACUGAGACCUGCUUGAAAAUCUGCAUCUCAGAAGAAUCAAACACUAAUAAACAGGAAUUUGACAAAGCCAACUUGAUGUUCUCAAGAGAAAAAUUCUGCCCAUAGAAGAAAAAUGUCUUUGAGUGGGAAGGACAGGAUGAUCUACUCUGAAAUUACUUUCUUACUGUAUAAGCAGAUAACCAGUUUAUAAUACUCUAAAAAUUAGUGAUUUUCAAGUAAAUAAAAUACUUGAAACUGGA